CAAACUCUCACCCACUUCCCGAUACAACCCAACCCCAUAUCGCGUCGGGCGUUUCUUUUUUGUUUGUUGACGCUCGCAUCAAUUUUCGCGCUUCUGGGCGGCUAACAAAACCAGCAAAAUAAAACAGCUACAAGAAUCACCAUCAUACCACACUCAACUUAAAACCCAACCUUCACAGAUCUACCUACACCAAUCAACAGCACUCGAUGAUAGAAAGAGUCGCCCUUCGGGAAACCGACAUCAACGUGAAAAAGCCUAGGGGCAAGCCGAAGCCGGCGGCCAAGAACCCGCGCAUGGUGGGCGACGAGUUUCGCAGCUGGCAGAAGCAGUGGCGGGCCAUCAUGCGAACGUCGACGGUCUACUUUGACGCUGCGACUGAUGCGGGGCGCCGCGACCGGGCCGUGCGGGCGCUCACGGGAUUGGGCGCGAGUACAUCACCGUUCUUCCACAAGGACGUGAGCAUCAUCGUGACAACGCGUGAGUUCGAUAUCCGUCGCGCCUACGCGCCGGGCGACGUGUUCCAAAUCGCGAUCAAGGAAAAAAUGAAGGUCUGGACGUAUGACAAGCUCUUCCGGUUCCUCAACAACCUUGCUGAGUCGCCCGCGGCCGCGCCAUCGCACGAGGGCCUUUCGUCGUUGUUAUACAAGGAAAAGAUUCAAGGCCCGAGUGAUCGCGACAUGGCCGCAAAGCGUGACGACUUCCACUACUUCAAGAGCACAUACUUCUUCAUCUACGACUUGAAGCAGCGCUACCGGCCCAUCGCGACACGCGAGUGGCGCACGGACACUAAGGACACGAUUCCGAAGUUGUAUGCAUCCAGCGAAGGCCGCUGUCCGUUUGUGCCUGACAGCGCGUGUACGGACCCGCAGCGCCGCCGUGAGCGCCGUUUGCGCAAGUUCCGCGAGUCGCGCCGCUACCGCCAGAAGAUCGCUCAUUAUUCGCGGAUGAAACCGUCGCAUUCGCCGUUGCCGAUGAUUCAUGUCGUGAGAAGGCUUGAUGAUAUCCUCUCGACUGAUAGAUCGGAAGCUCUGCCUCCCAGAGAUCAAAGCAGACAAUCUUUGGGACUUUACCGAACCCAGGAGCAAACACAAGAGCAGGCCACACAACGAACCCCCGUCCGGACCCUUGGAGAAAAUCCAUUCGUUUCUCCAACGCUUGCACGGAACUCGUCCGUCAUGGCAGUGCCCAAGCGGAGCUUCUACGAGAUAGCAGCCAGCGGGGUCAACACGUUUUCCACCAACAACACGUUGCAGUCGGGCAAGGAAGGCUUCGGAAACGGGUUGGCACCGACGGUAGCGGAGGUGCGCUCCAAAACCAUCACCAACUUGAAAAAAUCCAUUGCGUUUUCCGCAAAACCCGUGCCGUUACGCGAAAAUGCCAACAUCCCCAACGUGCCAGCAAAGGUGGUGCCUAUGGAGGAGCGGGUUGAACGGCCUGGCUACUGCGAAAACUGCCGCGUGAAGUACGACCACUUCGACGACCAUAUAGAGUCCAGCAAGCACCGUACGUUCGCCGUGAACGACACCAACUUCGGCGAGAUUGACCGCUUGAUGCACAAGUUGAACAGCGCAAAAGUUUACGGGUAUUGAGAGCUUUGCAUAGAACGGGGAGCGUAGACAAGCGUAUGGACCAGAGUUGGAAGCACAAAGUCGGAGAUGAAAACUCCCAGCAGUUUCAUCCAGCGUCACCACAAACUAGAUAUUUCAAUGUACCGGAAUCC